ACUUCAAAGAAGCUGUUAGGUUGACUUAGGUCUUGUGCCUUGUGGGUCUUUUUUUAUUUGGUAGUUGGAGAACAAAAGCUUGUAAAAUUCUUACUUCUCAACAUUUCAGCUUCUGAUCGAUGAUCCAAGCUUAUGUAUCUCUCAAAUGGUACCACCAUCUCCGAUUCGAUUUAUUGAAACUGCUCUUUCCUGCACUGGCCCUUUUGCUGUGUCCUACACCGACCCUGAUCAGAAAUGGCUCAUUAGAAAACACCUCAUUUCCUUGAUUCAGAAUUUCCCCAACCUAAGCCCUUCUGUUGAUCCAUUUUUUCAUGAUAAUGGCUCCACUGUCAACCUGCUGAAUGUAAGGGGCUAUCUCCAUGUGUCUCAGUCCACACCUCCUAUCCCCAUUAAUAUUUGGCUCCAUGAAAACUACCCUUUUAUGGCUCCACUUGUGUUUGUCUCAUCAGAUCCCACCUCCCCAAUCCAUGGCAACCAUCCUUUUGUGGAUUCUUCCGGUGCCACCGCCUCCCCUUACCUCAUAUACUGGAACCACCCUCAUUCCAAUCUCUCUGAUUUUGUCCAUAACCUUGUCAAGCUCUUCUCCCAUGACCACCCUUUUGUGUAUUUGCCAGCUUCAAGCUUCACCCACCCCUCACUUGUAUCCAAACAGGAAGCUCUUGACAGGCUUGCCGGGCGCCUGCACUACGACAUAGCGGCAAUCAGGGCUAAAACAGCAGAAGAAAUCGAGGAGCUGUCAGCCCUGCAAGGGGAAAUGGUGAAGAGAGUUGGGAUUGCUACAAGUAUAGUGAUGGGGCUUGAUCAUGAGAAGAAGAAGCUGAAAAGGAGGGUGAAGGAGCUGACAGACGAGGCGGAUAUGCUUAUGAAUUGGGUAACUUUUAAUGAUCCAAAGAAUGUUAUGGCUGUUACCGGGGAAGAUCGAAUGGAGGAUGUGAUUGAAGCGGCGGAUGAGAAGUCGGAAGUGGUGCUUGAUCAAUUGGCUAGGGAUAAUGCCAUGGAAGACUUGAUGUAUGAGUUGGACAAGGCUGUUGAACAGGGGGUGGUGACCCUUCAAGCCUACAUAAAAGAAGUGAGAGCCACUGCAAGGGAGCAGUUCUUCUACAGGGCCAUGCUACUCCAUGGCUUCAUUGAAUUGAAGGGCUAGGUUCCAAUUUGGUACAAUAGGGGAAAAAGUUCCUCAAUCAAAGGCUCUUCUUAAUCUCGUAGACGCAUUUUAAAGUCAUUUAGAGCCGAUAGUAUCCAUAUGAUUUACGUAAUUGUGUUACUGUUCUUCCCUCCCAUUUUCUACUCAAUAUGACUCUUAUAUUGUUGUAAUUCCUUUCAGCCAUGGGGUGAAAAGAUAUGAAAUGGAAAUAAUUAAUUGUGUGUUUUUGCCUGGAAA